AUGAUAGAAGCGCGUCCGGCGUUAUAUAUGAAAAAUUUAAAAGAGUAUGCCGAUGUAAACGUGAAAAGAAAGUUAUGGCAAGAAAUUUGUAUGGAAAUAAUUCCUAAUUGGGGAGAACUGUCCUCCGAAAAUAAAAUAAAAUCCGGUCAAAAUGUUCAACAAAAGUGGUUGAAUCUGCGAACCUGCUUCUGCAGAGAGCUGAAGGCUCAAAAAGACGUUAAGUCCGGGCAAUCGGCGUCUAAACGGAGAAAAUAUAUAUAUUUCGAAAAAUUAAUGUUUCUGUUGCUCACUAUUGAACAAAGGCCCACUGAAAGCAACAUACCACAAGAGGAAACGGCUGAGGUGGAAGAUCAUAAUUUAGAUGAAAUCCUUAUUGAUACUUCUAUUAGGACGCCUACUAGCUCGACAAAGAAAAAACGACGAAUCCAGGACGGAGACACCGGAAAUUCGGCUGUUGAGCAAGAGAUACUAAAGGCCGUCCAGCAGGAAACAGAUGAAGACACCCAUUUUGCUCUGUCGUUAGUUUCCCAAUUACGGUCUCUGUCAGAGGACGAAAAAUUUGAGGCAAAAAUUGAUAUAUUAAAAAUUUUCCAGCAAAUGAAACGAAGGCGAUCACAAAGCUUUCGAUCCACAAUUGCACCACAACUGCCACAUGCCUCCGCAAUACAUCAAUAUGGCGGUUCGAAUCCAGAACCACAGCAAUCUGGAUUUUCCAUAAUUCCGUCGCCAGCACACACCGACGAUACGAUACAAUCGUAUGUAUCUCUAUUUACUACAGGCUCCUCUGCAUCUGAAGAAUUGUUGGAAUUGUAA